AUGUCUCCACCACUCGUCCUCAUCACCGGCGCAACAGGCCACCUGGGCUUCCGCACCUUGGUCCUGCUCCUUCGCACAACUCCCUACAACGCACGCAUCACCAUUCGCAAGGAAGCUCAAGAGUCCAAGAUUCGCGCUGCAGCUUCCAUCCAGCCAUUCCUCUCCCGCAUUGAAUUUGCAUUCGUCCCCGACAUCACCGCCCCAGACGCUUACAACUCCGCGAUCAAGGGCGUGAGGCAUGCCAUCCACAUCGCCUCUCCAGUCCCCACGAAGCCGGAGAACCAGACUGGCGGGUGGAAGGAGAUCUUUUAUGAUCCGGCAGUGGAAGGGACGUUGAGCAUUCUGCGUGCUGCGGCCGGCGAGAAUGGGAUCAAGACUGUCGUUCUCACGGCGUCGGUGGGAGUUCUCGAGGUUCCUAGCGGGAAAGAUCGUGCGGGACCAAAGGAUUACGCUUCUCUCCCAGAUAAUUAUGAGGAUUUGCCCAAGGACGCGGGAUCGACGGGCAAGGCCUAUCGGACAUCGAAGAUCCUGGCGUUUCAAGCUGCUGGGGAGUUUGUGAGGAAGAAUAAAGUCGGUUUCGCUCUGAUCAAGGUCCAUCCGGGAUAUGUUACUGGCCCGCAUGAGUUGUUGGAGUCUGACACCGAGUUCUAUACUGGAUCAAACGAGGGCGCCAUCAACGCUGCCUUGGGGAAUCUCAAGCCGUAUGCAAAGCCUACCUCGCAGGUCUUCCUUGACGAUGCUGCGAUGGCGCACGUUCUGGCUUUGGAUCCGACGAAAGUCAAGGAUGGUGACGAUUUGGUCGUCAUGGGGAAUGGAGGGAGGAGUGUUCCUUGGGAUGAGGUUGGACAGGUCGCGGCGGGGAUGUAUCCAAAGGCUACAGAGAAGGGAUUGUUGAAACCGGUGAAGGGUCAGCAGACAGCGGAUAUGAACUGUGAGGUUGAGAGUACGGAGGAGAAGCUGGGGAUGAGGUUCAAGGGGACGGAGGAUAUGGUUCGGGGGCUGGUGAAGCAGUACCUCGAGUUUCAUGGGCAUGCAGCUGAGUAA